AGUAUCACGGAAGUUCGGCAAGUUGUAGACCGGUUCUUUGAGACCUAUCACCUUUGGCUUCCGAUUCUUUCCCGGCGCAAGCUUUAUGGGGCUGCUCUACGUCAGCAACCUCGGCAAGAAGAUGACAUGAAUUUAUUGAUUAUGAGCAUGCGUAUACUGGCCCAUCAAAAGCAAGAAGGGCGACAACGACAUGGACGCACUUAUUCGAUGCUCAAAUACCAUCUAGUACGCCUCGAACAAGUCGGUUCUCUGUCAAUUGCCCUUUUACAGUCUAUGAUUCUGCUUGCAGUUUACGAAUUUGAACAUGGAAUAUACCCAGCUGCCUACCUCACCGGCUGGACCGAGACAUGCUUGUCUGGGAUCACAGUGACUCAUGAUGGGGUGCAAUGGAAGAGAAACACCGCACGUGGUGGGCGAUCAUCAUACUCGAACGGGUAA